UCGAAUUCCGCGAACGAUCGAGCUGCAUCUCGAAAGCAACGUCAACGCAUAACGUUCGUCAGUUGGAGAGUUUUCACAGUCACAGUAUUGCUAAAAAAAUCAUGUCGUCUGCAUUUGAGGAAUCCGAUCAAGUGGCUGACUGUCCGAGCCCUCAUCGGGAACUCGUUCGCCUCAUUAAUAUUGUCUGGGCUGCGGCUAUGGUGGGAUUUGGUUUUUGCGACAAUUUGGCAGAAGCUCCUCAACGUUCGUUAAAAUUAUCUUUGUCGAAGCGAUUGUAGUCUCGAGAGCAUCUGUUUUGCUGUCUGGGUUUAAGUAUUGUCUAUGGUGAAUCAUUAAAAGAGAGCCACAUCGAAAGAAAAGCCUAAAGCGUAAUUCAGUCAGUCUCCAGCCUUUCAUCGAACAAGAACUGAAUUCUUAUUCUUUCGUUCAAAUUAAACUUGCCCCUUCCACACCGUCAAUCAUGUUUGAUACUAUUUCACUCUUGAAUACCAUCGAGAAUCGAAUUGUGGCCGAGUUCGUUCCGAAAAAUUUCAAAAUUCAAUUCAUAUUUUUGAUGACGGCUUGCUUCAUUCUUUUCCGUUUUAUCCACGCGUGGAAAGCUGAACGUGGACUCGAACGUGAACGUGAACUUGAACGUGCACUAGAACGAAUACGCGAACGUUAUCGUGAACAAGGCCAAGAAAGUCAACAGCAAUCGACUGUAAUUUAGAUAUAGUUUUUUAAAACAUUGCAAGUACCAUGAAUACAAAACCGCGACUUAAAUUCAAUUUUGGCAUCUUAUUGCAAAUCAAAUUUUUCGAAAAAUAAGGAAAACAAGGUCGCGCGAGAAAACCAAACUUACGGUCAGUCACAUACAAUUUCUCUUUCGCCUCUUUGUACCUUAUAAAUCUUAUUUUUCGACUGGACCUGGUUUUUGUUCAGUCAUCGUGCUGAGAAUCUCAAAAUUGAAUUGCACUAUUCUUAUAAUCCAAACGACGAUAUUCAACUACGUUUUUAGGUUCAAAUUCGAUAUCAAUCUGCAUCGAAUAACGUCAUCAUUUCAGUUGCAUUUGAAAAAUCAGUUUUCAAAAAUAAAUUCAUCAAUGCCGCUUUAUAAUUUUACUCCGCAAGACUAUUUCUAUCUAUUUUCUGUAGGCUCCGUAAUAGAUUAUAGAUUUUCAAGAAAUUCAUAAGUAACAUAUAUUCAAACACGACGUAAAUCUCGUUACUAGUGCAGACAAAAUUUAAGUGUGUGCGUGUGUGUACUGAGCGCUCUUAUUGUGUCGAAUUUUGAGAGAGCUGCUAGUUCGAAAAGCGACGAGAGCAAAUCUACGUUCAGUCAGUGACGAUUUUCCGUGCAACUCACAUCUCAUAUUUUAGAGUUUUAUCUUUCGCCUGGACUAAUUUCGUCCUAUCCCGCUCUACAGAAAUGAUUAAAACCAUGUCAUACGUAUAUCUAAUGAUAUACGUCAUUAUUCCACUCGCAACGUUAGCAAUGUGCGAAACUUUAGUUAGACCUCAUUUACGAUUUCCAGUGUUUUUCUUUAUCACCUCAUCCUACUUGUUUCGACCGAGUCAAGUCUUUAGAAAAUUCGUCUAUUUUAUUGGUCUUUGGUUGGUUAAAACAUGGGUCAAUCAUUACAAUCAACAGCAGGCGACGUAAAUUUAUUUUCUCGUAACAAGUGUUUACAAAAUUCCAAGGGUGUGUGUGUGUGUGUGUGUUUGUGUUAUGGCGAGAGCGAGCUGCCCGUUGAAAAGCGAGGGAAGCCAAUUAACGUUCGAACAGAUACGAUUCUCCUCUCGACCGAUACACACGUUUUAUUUUUCGACUGGACCAAUUUUGUCCUUUUAACUCUCAGUGAUCAUCAUGGACGACCAACAAUUAUGUCAGUUAACCUGGUGGGAAAAUUUUGUAAAGUUCGUUUUCGAAAAUAGGCAGUCUGUCGUUACAUUGUUGUCAUUUGUGUAUAUCAACUUAAAUUAUCCCAUGUAUGAUAGUCCUCGAGUGUACCUGUUAACGUAUCUCAGUACAGUUUUUUUUGCAUGUUUGUUCAGUCUUUUCGGGAUUCAGUAAUGUGGACGUAUAGCUAAAUUCAUCUAGCUACGUAAUCUUUAAAAUAAAUGUAAGUUUCUUACACUUUUGGGGGGGGGGGGCCAAUUAUACAUUUUUAUAUAAAAUUGUCGACGCGAGUGCGUCUGUACUCAAAACGCACCCGAGCAGCCGAACUGAUUUUCCCCACCCAAGCCGGUGCUCGGCGCGCGCUUAACCCAGACUCGACAGAGAGGGAGCCUGCGGCCGAACGAAAUAUUUCAUGGGCAACCUAUAUAGACCCUUUUUAUGUAUUACAACAUGACUUAUGGUGGACUGGCUCAAUCAUGCCGACUGUGCGUAGGAGGAGGCUGCAAGGUUAAUUAAUAGGAGUGGUCAGCUGUGUAAAAAAAUGCGGUGUUCAACGACAGAAGACUAUCGCGCGACCACAUAAUGUUCGAUUCUCGAAAUAUCCUCUGUAUAUUAAUAGAGUCGCCUACCUGCAUUCAAAUGGGCUAUCAUCCAGCUAUAAAUAUAAUGUCGUUGCUGCUAAAAAAUUUGAAUAUAUUUGGACUUGGCUGAUGCUGCGGUGCUCUCUCCCCAUGAUAUGGUCUUCACACACUCUCUACAGUCUACAUCCUUGGCUCGCAAUUGCUAGAGAAAAUAAACCUGCAACCAAAAAUAUAGCUGAAAAAAUUUUUUGACAGAUAUGCAAUUUUCAAUUUUUAACAAUUCAACGACAUCAUGAUGAUUAAGAAAAUUUUCAAUGGCCUGCUCCUUGGUUGCACUUCCAAUAUCUUUGGUUUACUGGCUCCACUUCUUAUUCCACCAAUUCAUAUUGGCUUAAUUUACUAUUUUUGGCGAGACUUUUCCAGAGAAGUUGACAGAAUUUAUUGCACAUGUUCUUGCUGGGACACUGUUUUUAAAGGUUCAUAUGAAUCAGGUGUGGCUUCCUAUAAACAUAUGUACUUCAAUGCUACACCUCAAACGCUCAAAAUGUGGGUUGCUGUAGUACUUGGAGUUGUGAUCUCUUAUGAAACUUUUAAACAUUUGGCGUUGUUAGGAUUUCAACGUCAAAUACGUUGGAGCAUGUUAAUUCUCUUUAUUAGUGCAGUAUUUUCUCAUUACUAUUCUUGGUGGGUCUAUAUUAAUUACUGGAAUGAUGAUUUUUAUUCUCAGUGGUACCAUCAGUUCUUUUUUUCAAUUACUGAGCUUAUAUCUACAUUUUUUGUGAUUCAUUUGACAAAUACCAAAAAUUCUGUUACACGAAGAAAAGCUUUGAUUAUAGUAAGCAUCGCCGUACUACAUAUCCUUGCUGGUGGGUGGGACCAGUUUUAUACAAAUGUUUUGAAAGGACAAGGUUUUGCUCAUCAGAUUGUUCGUGAUUUGGGAUUCAUGAUUCCAGACAUUCUUCAUGUAAUUAUUCCAAUAUACCUAUUGGAACCUAAGAAGACAUAUUCAUUACCUGGAGCUGAGCUUCGAGAUACAAAUCUGGCAAAAGAUUUGAUGUAUAUGUUUGGUAUAGUUUUUUUCGGCCUAGUUAUAUGUUCUACAUUAUAAGUAAAUUUGAUAAAAGUAUUUACAUCACCAAGACUGUUCUCAUAAUAAGUAGUGAAAGAUUUUAGACGAAAGUUAAAAAAGUGAUAAUUUUUGAGCUGAAAAAAAACAUUUUUUAUGUGAUUUUUGAAUAGUCUCAUAAUGUUUGUUGACAAUUAGACAUAAAUGUUGAACUAAUAUGACAAAGUAAACAUAGUUGUUCAUAUUAUACUACUGUUAGAGAAAAAUAUUAGCUAGAUGAAAGAAAUUAGUCUUGUAGAAAAGUAAAAUCCAUCAUACUAAUCAACUUGAGAAUAGAUUAAAGACUGAUUUUUUUAAUGAUUUUUAAAUAUUAUGUUAUAUGUAUACCAUGAAAUUGUU